GACACCGAGAUUACCGCCGCCGGGGGGAUGCCGUACACGGUUAUUAACAUUAUAGAAAGAACAUUUAAGAAGCAUUUAAAUUAUAUAUAUAUUUUAUACUUUAUCCAAUAUAUGUUCGCCUUAAAUCCACACAGGGGGCGUCACAAACGAAAUUAACGGUUGUUUGUCGAAGUUGUACGUUUUUUUUUUUUUAAAGCUAGCUAAUGUUAGCUGAACUUUAAUUAACGGUUUGUUUCCCCGCACACAAACAAAGAUGGAGAACAUCAGCCUUGUUGACUUGUUGAAUUUAGCUAUUGGGACACCUUCCAAGGGAGCUGUCAACUUCAGCGCCCUGUACGCCCUGCUCAAUGCCAUCCUCCGGCAGCUGGAUAUCCGGGAGUUGAAGACCGAGUGGACGGACACUUCUCCCAGGUACGGCCCACCUGAGUCUCUGGUGGCUGUCCCCGCUCCACAGCAGGUGGACAAGCACACGAAGGAGGAGAAGGAGGAGAAGCAGAAGGAGGAGAAGCAGAAGGAGAAGGAGGAGAAGCAGAAGCAGGAGAAGCAGCAGGUUCAGAGUGACAUCUCCACGGGGCUGGAGCUGGAGGUUCAGCCCGGCACCGAGCUGCAGCAGCGGGUAGACUCCUCCAUGUCUCUGGUCCUCUCCUCCGGUCCUGCUGCGGACGGUCAGGGGAGACUCCUGUGCCGCAUUCAGACCUGCGAGGACGGCCUGUCCGAGGCCAUGAAGCUUAUUCAGGAGCUCAACAACCAAGGAAACAAUCUGAAGGAAGAGAGGAAGGAUCUCUGCCAGCAGCAGGUUGGUGCUGAGGCAGUUAGGAUCUCCGAAGUGGAGAAGUGCUGCCACCAGGUGGACGCUCUGCAGGAAGCUGUGAAAUCUCUGAAGGACACAUUCCAGAAGUUUCCGGCCCCCGAGGAGCUGAGUCAGUGUGUGACCUGGGACGUCAUGCAGUCAUCGCUGCUCAGCGAGAGAGAAAUCCUGCAGAAGGACCUUGUAAAUUCAGGACUUAUCGAUCGAGCCAAAGGGAUCAGACCCACACACACACCUUUCCACGGCAGCUUCACUGCUGCAAACACAACGCCUUCUCACACCAGCACACCCUCCUCCCCCAGGCCCACAGCUCCUGGUUCUCUGGACACAGAGGCUCCUUCAGUCCCCUCAGGGCCCCCACAGCAGACUGAUCCUGAAACAGACGGGACGGCUGCUGCUACGCUCCUGCCUCGAAAGGCCAGCGGCUCGGAGCGUUACACAGAGACGGUGGAUGCCCUGAGGAACAUGGGCAAACUGAGAGAGAGUUUCAGCAAGCUGGAAGCUCGAGUUGCUGCGCUGGAACAAGGAAAGCUGGAACCGUCACAGCUGAAGCUCCUGAAAGAGCUCAUCACUAACAAAGGUUCACGGAAUGCAUCAAAUAACAUGAUGGAUCAGCUGAACCAACAGAAAGCUCUAAUAGACAACCUGAUGAAAGACCGGGAAAAGAACGGGGAGCUGGUGAACGACGUGCAGAAUGCGAUCCUGCAGCUUCAGACAGACUGUGAAAAACUUACUGAAACCACAAGAUUUCUGCACGAGGACAACAGCCAGAAACAGAGCCACAUAGAGGAGCUGUACAAGACGACGGAGGAGCUGGAGGAGAAGAAGGCGGACAAGCAGAUGGUGGAGAGUGAAAUCAAAAAGGCAGCUAAAUAUGCUCCGGACGGCAAAGUGAGCCGCCUGCAGUUUGACUCAGUGACGGAGCAGCUGAACGCCAUGUUCCAGGAGCUGCUGAACAAGGUGACGGGCCAGGAGCAGGACUGGCACAAAGUCAUCGAAAGACUCUCCUCCGAGAUGGAGUGUAAGUUGAACAGGAUAGAGCUGAACUCUGUGAAGAAGCAGCUUGAGGAUCGCUGGAGAAGCCACGAGAUCCACGAGAAGCUGCAGGGUCAGGGAGCUCCAGAGCAGGAGGACGCUGCUGGUAUCAGAAAACAACUGGUGGACAGAUUUCACUGCCUCUCGUGUGACCGGCCUGUGGUCAUGCACAACUCCGGACAACACGUGGUGAAGCUGUCGUCUACUGCUGGAUUCCCCUCUCACAGGUCCAUCAGGCCGUUCACUGUGUACGCUCUGGAGCAGUUCAGACAGCACUACAGGAGAAUGAAACCAGGGAGCAACCGCUACAGCUUUGAGGGAGUUACUGCUGGCUGGAAGAGGGAGCAGCUGCAGAAGAGCCACGAUGUGAUGUGCAGGCAGAUCGAGAGUGAUCAGAGGACAAUGAAGAACUGCAACACUGCGGGGGACAACCUGAACCAGAACCAGCCGGGAAUACUGCAUGAGCGUGUCUCUGAGAUGACGGACUACAGUCACCUGGCCGUGUUGCGGAGCUGUGGGGGGAGUCACACCGUCACCUCGGCCAGCCAACGGCGCACCAACCUGCAGACCAACAAGUACCCCCCCCAGGCAGAGGUAGACUGCGUCAUUCAGUCAGAGGAAGUUGAUAUCGUCGGACUGGAUGGGCAUAUUUACAAGGGUCGCCUGAACGCACCUUCCAUCAGAAAUACAGAAACAAAACUACCUACAAUCCCCACCAAGGACGGCAUGUGCAAAACUAAAGACAAAGCCAAGUGCCCCCACAAACCCACUGCCUCCCCCGAGGGUCAUCACCCCCACAGUGCCAAGAGCAACCAGGGCAGCCACUCAGCGUCCAGCCUGUUGGAGAGGGACUGGCCGGUGUCGGCUCUGGGCUGCACGUCUCAGAGCUCGGUCGCUGCAGCAGAGAGCAACACGGAGCCGCCCGCUGGCGCACCGCUCAACCUGUAGGGGGCACCACUCAGCACUGUACUGUUUUAAUAUGUAGUUAACUUCUGCACAGAGGAGGUAACCUGCUUUAAACCUUUUAUAUUUUUUGCUUAUUUUAUUUGUUGGAACUGUUUUUGCACUACAUGUCCCAUAAAUCAUCUGUCAAACACUGAGUCCAAA